AUGGUUCUGAAUGACACAAAUAUUUCCGGGAGGCUCCCAGAUUCAAUUGGUAAUAUGAGGAAUUUGUCCAGAAUAGAAUUAGUGGAUUGUAGCUUUUAUGGAAAUAUCCCAAGCUCUCUUACCAAUCUCUCGCGAUUGUCUUAUUUGGACUUGUCAUUCAACAAUUUUACUGGUUCUAUUCCAUCACUCAGCAAGUCCAAGAAUCUAACACAUAUCAUUUUGUACUACAAUAAUCUAACUGGUCCGAUUGAUUCAACAGAAUGGGAAUCCCUCUUGAGUCUUCUUAUUCUCAACCUAGAAUUCAAUUUAUUUGAAGGAAAUAUUCCUUCAUCUCUGUUUACACGUCCAUCAAUUCGAGAGCUUCGACUUUCCAACAACCGAUUUUCUGGUCAAUUGAAGGGAUUUUUUAAUGCUCCAUUGCAAAUGCUGAAAACACUUGAUUUGAGCAACAACAAUAUAGGAGGUGAACUACCGACGUCUAUAUGGGAACUCCGAGGGCUCAAUGUCCUCUCACUUUCUUCCAAUAAUUUUAGUGGCUCAUUUCAUAUUAAUUUGGUUCAGCAGCUGAGAAAUCUUUGGGAUUUGGAUCUUUCCUACAAUCAUUUUUCCAUUGAUGCCACAAAUACGGCUCCCCAGGACUCUUCAUUCCCUGACCUUCAAGACUUAAAUUUGGCUUCCUGCCAAUUGACGACAUUGCCUCGGUUUUUGGCUAACCAGUCCACAUUGUUCUUCCUCGACCUCUCCCACAAUUAUAUAAAAGGGGAUAUACCGAGAUGGAUAUGGACACUAGAAAAUCUUAACCAUCUCAAUCUUUCCUCUAAUUUCUUUGAAGAUAUGGAAACACCUCUGGGCAAUCUUACCUUUCCUUUGGAUUUCAUCGACCUCCAUUCAAACAUGCUCCGAGGGAAUAUGCCACCCUUGUCGUCAUAUGCUUCCUACUUUGAUUUCUCAAGUAACAAAAUAAAUGCUAUUAUUCCGGAUGACAUCAACAUACUAAACUCGAUGUUCUUCUCCCUUUCAAAGAAUAAUUUCCUUGGGUCCAUCCCGAAGUCAAUUUACAAAGCUGGUUAUCUUGAUGUGCUUGACUUAUUGCAUAACCAUCUGAACGGAACUAUUCUUGAUUGUUUAAUGAUGGCAUCCCCAAAGGUAUUGAAUCUGCAAAAUAACCAGUUGAGUGGUGAUAUUCCGCAAAACAUCUCGUCAACAUGUGAUUUGAAGAUAUUGGAUAUUAGUGAGAAUUUCUUGCAGGGCUAG